AUGCAUGCAGCUCAAAGCCGGCAAAAGAGUUAUGCUAAUCAGCGACGAAGAGAUUUGGAAUUUGCAGUAGGGGAUCACGUGUUCCUUAAAGUGUCACCAAUGAAAGGGGUACUGAGGUUUGGGAAGAAAGGGAAACUCAGUCCAAGAUAUAUUGGGCCAUUUGAGAUUCUGGACAGGAUUGGAACUCGAGCUUACCAUGUUGCUUUACCACCAAAUUUGUCCGGGGUACACAAUGUGUUUCAUGUAUCCAUGCUUAGACGAUACAUUGCUAAUCCAUCUCAUGUGAUCGGUCAUGAGUCCAUGCAGUGGACGCCAGAUCUGACCUAUGAGGAACAACCAAAACAGAUCCUAGAUCGCCAAGUCCGGACAUUGAGGAACAAGGAAAUCAAGAUGGUGAAGAUCCUAUGGGGGAAUCAGCAGAUGGAGGAGGCCACCUGGGAAACUGAACAAGAUAUGCACAACCGAUACCCUGAAAUAUUUUUGCUGAAUUCAAGAAUGUGGAAUGAGUUUGAAGAGACUAUUCUGGAAUUUGGUUGUUGUCCAUUUACUUGGCCGGAAUUUUACAGGAUAUGCAGAAUUAAACAGAGAGGGAUUCUUCAUGCCAAUUCAGGACAACAAGCAGGAUCACUAAUGCAUGAUGAAGAGAAAUCUGGCGACGUGUUUAAGUUUGAAGAAACAAAUGGUAAUCUCGCAUCAAAUUACUGA